ACUUGUGAAAAUGGCAUAAUUCUAAAUUUGCCCCCUCCCACCUCGUCCCCGUCCCCGGCCCCGGCCCCGGCCCCGCAUCUCUCUCUCGCCCUGCCGUCUCCGGAGUCUGGAGCUGCUCUCACAACCCCACACGCGCGCACUCGACCCCGACCCCCGACCUCGUCCACCACCCGCUUGGCGCGCGCGCAGUCCUUACAGAUUUCCUCGCCCGGGGUGGCGGUGAGGCCUCGCACCGAUGAGCUCGGGGACCGUCGCGGCCUCGGACCCUGGGGGUGGCGAGACGAAGCUGGUGGCGGGAGAUGACGUCACAAUAUCGGAAGCUGCGGGCGAUAUGCCUGCGUUCGCCGCCGAUUUGAAAGUGGAGGAGAAGGCUACGUUGACGAUGGAUGUGGCUCAUGAAAGGGGAGAUAUGGCGGUGAGCGACCCACUCUACGCGACUGAGUCGGCUGGGAUGGUUGGUACCGAAGGGCACGGAGAUGAGCCCGUGGAGGACGUGGAUGCGGUGAACGGAGAGGACGGUGGCGAGGAGGGGACGCAAGAAGCAGGAGCUGGUGGUCUGCUGACUGAGACGGAGAGGAAGCCGGUUCUAGUGGUAGAUGUGCCUGCUGCUGCUGGUUCUGCCGCUCCUGAACAUGCUGAAGCCGCCUAUUGCAUUUCAGAAUCCAACAAAGUCGAAGAAAAUCAUGUAAAUGCGGAGCCUGGGAGAAAGAAUAAUGAAAGUGAUCAUGGUGUAGUGCCUUCUGAUAAGGAAAUACAGAACAAUGUGCCUGGUGACAUGGAGGAAAGCUCCGAGGAACAUGAAGGUGAUGGAGCACCUGUAGUUGACCAGCCCAAUAACACAUCUGAAAUGCUCCCACAAACAGGAGAGCAGUUUCCUGACAGUGGAAAUAGCCCAGACAGCAACUUAGAGGCUGCUAGUCUGGGGAAUGUUGAUCAGGGUGCUAGAUACCGCCUCCCACCUCUUGAUAAAGGCAGGUUUCAAGUUGCUGAUCUUGUCUGGGGUAAAGUGAAAAGUCAUCCUUGGUGGCCUGGUGAAAUUUUUGAUCCAACAGAUGCAUCUGAAUUGGCGCUGAAGCAUCGGAAAAAGGGCAGCCACUUGGUAGCUUAUUUUGGUGACAGUACUUUUGCAUGGUGCGAUGAAUCCCAGUUGAAGCCUUUUGUAACAAAUUAUUCACAAAUGGAGAAGCAGAGCAGUUCAGAUGGCUUUGUUGGGUCAGUUAAUAAUGCACUUGAAGAACUGUCAAGGCGGGUACUGUCAGGUUUGAGCUGCUCUUGUUUGGCAGAAGAGCUUGCUGAUAAUGGUAUGUCAUAUACGGUUGAUAAUGCUGGGCUCAAGGAUGGAGUUACUUGUUCUGCAGUUAAUCGGCCUGAGAUCUUGAACUGUUUCAGUCCAGAAAACCUUCUUAAUUAUAUUAAGGAGUUAGCUCUAUUUCCUGGCCAGGGAGGUGAUCUAUUGGAGUUAGUGAUAGCGUGUUCUCAACUUACAUCUUUCUAUCGAUCUAAGGGAUGUCCUGAACUUGCAUCAUUUCAAACUAGUGAUGCGUGGGUUGAGGAUGAUCUGGAUGGUAUAGACACUUUGUCCACCCAGAAUGUAAUGGUGGAGGAACCUGUGAUUAACGAAGUGCAGCCUACUCAAGAUAAGCCCAAAAGGGGCAGGGGGAGACCUCGGAAACAAAAGGCUGGUCAUGACCAGGUGGUGAUGGAGAAAAGGAGCACAUCUAAUCAGGUCAAUGAUACUAGCUACAAUGAGAAGAAAAGAAACCUCAAAUCAUUUGAAGAUUCAGAGAAGUCAUCAGCUCCAACUGGUGGUGGUUCUUUCAAGAUUGGUGAGUGUAUUCGGCGAGCUGCAAGCCAGCUGACAGGAUCUUCAUCUAUUAUGAAGGCUCAGAAUGAACCAACAGUCUAUAAUAACGCUGCUGAAGGAGAGAAUGGGGAAUUUGAUGUCUCUAGUGAUGAUGCUGGUGAUGAACUUACUGUGGAGAAACGAGCAAAAAGGAGGCGUCUGCACAUAAAUCACGCUGCAGAUCCCAGGGAAUUACUGUCACAACUAUGCUUGGUUGCAACAGAGCCAAUGAAUGGAUAUAGUUUCUCAGCAAUGAUAAUCGGUUACUUCAACGAUUACAGAAACUAUAUUGUUUCUACUACUACUGAAGCAAACAUUGUUGAUAAAGGUACAUCUAGAAGAGGGAGGAAGAGAAAAGAAGUUAUACCUUCUCCUGAGGUAGAGACAACGGAUCAUAUGCAGGACUCGUAUUGGUCCGGAUUGAGCUUGUAUAAUCACCCAGUUCAUGACCUAAAAAGAGAGAGUCCGACUACAAGGCCAAGACGGAAACGGAGAUCCUCAAGACAUGCAUAUAUACCUUUGUCGGAACUUGGGGAGCCGGUUCCUAAAAAACAGAUACAAGUGAUGGAAAGAUCUAUCAUCCAUGUCGAUGAGAAGAUGGUUGAUGAGUUGAAGCCCACUGCACUUGUUUUGACCUUUGGCAGGUCAGCGUCUAUUCCUUCAGAACUGGAUCUUGUUAAGAUGUUCAGUCUCUAUGGUCCACUGAAAGAAAGGGGGACAAAAGUACAUAGGGAAACAAAUACUGUUAAGGUUGUCUUCAAGAAACGUGUCGAUGCUGAAAGGGCUUUUAGUGCUGCAGGCAAGUAUAGCACUUUUGGACCUUCGCUUCGAAGUUACCGUCUUGUCAGUAUGCCACUUUCUCCAGAGACACAAUCAGCAAAUAAUCCUGAAAAUCAUGGCUUGGAGAUUCCAGGUUUGAAUAUGUCCGAAGCUCCUAAGGAUUCCAUGGAAGUUGACCUGGUGCAGAAAACAGAUAAAGUAAAAGUUACAGGAGAACUGUCAUCUGAAGAAGUUGAGACUGUAAGGCAAACAUGUCUAGUGGAAGCUGCAGACAGUACAUUUGUCAGUGAAGUUGACAGGCUUGAGAAAGCAGGAAAUAUUGAUGCUGAGCUAAUUGUCCAUGUGAAUCAGAUUGGGGAAGGUGCAGAAGCUGCAUCUGUAUCUGAAGAGUCAUCUCAGCAAGUGGGUGACAUUGAGCAAGCUUACACUCAAAAGGCAGCGUCAGUCAGUGAUCUACCCACAGAGAUAGAAACCUUACAUUCUGAUGCUAUAAUAAAAGAGUUGCCUCAGAAGGCUCCAGAUAAUAUGCAAACUGAUAUAGCCACGGCCCCAAAACAGAGUCACAAUCCAGGAGAUAAUGCUGUAUUUGAAGCUGUCACUGAAGUGCCAAGUACUGCACAAGAUCAUAGUGAGGAUGAUGUUGGGGAUGAAGUUCCAGAAGAGCACACUGUAUUUCCUGUGUUACAAAGUCAAACCCCUGGUGAGAAGCUAGUGGGGCAAUCUGAAACUGAACAAAAAGUGGGACCUGAAGAUCCAAAGUCACAAGCUGAAAAUUUGACUGUUGAACCUGUCGUACAAGGUGCAGUCGAGCAAGUAGAAAUUGAACUGGAAUCCAAAACUACUGUUGAAGUGUCAUGCGAACAAGGCUAUAGUAUUGAGCAGACUGUUAACAUGGAAGCUGUAAUUGAAGCAUCAGGUGGACAACUUGAGGUGGGAAGACGAAUUUCAGAAGAUGAAUCUAUGGCUGAUGCAAAUAUUGAGCACUCUAUGGUCAUGGUUGAUGAAACUGUGGAGGCAAAAGUAGUACCACUCGAGGAGAGUACAGAGAAUAAUGCUGCUACCAUAGGAGUAGUUGAGGAGACAGCUGAAGGUGAAACUAAGGAGGAAGCACCAGACGAGAAGGGGAAAAUAGAAAAUAAUGAAGAUGCUGACAAAUUAGCUGGAGAGACCAGGGCAGGUGAAAUUACAGUUGAGGCACCAGAUGAGAAAACAGAAAUUAAAGCAGAUGCUGACACACCAGCUGGUGAGACCAAAGAAUGUGAAAUUACAGUAGAGGCACCAGAUGAGAAAAUAGCAAACAAAGGUAUUGUUGAACCAAUAAUCAGGGAGAUAACUGAAGAUCAAACUGCAGCUGGAGAACCAGAUGAAGAAGCUACAACAACUGAGGAAACGGUAGAGGAUGUUAAGGUGCUAGAUGAUAAGUCUACAGCAGAUGGGAAACCUGUAGAGAAUGCCACAGUCGCGACAAAUGAGGAUUCAACAACAGUUGAGAAUACUCUGAAGGAUGCAAUGGUUGCGCCACCAGGUACAAAUACCACCAACGCCGAAGAAACUGCUCUGGGUGCCACAGUUAAAGCACUAGAUGAGGAUGCUCUAGCAGUGGAGAAGACUAUAGAGGAUACCUCGGUUGAGGCAUCAGAUGUACAAGCAGGCAGGUGCAAGUGAGUAAACCAGCUUAUCGAACCUUGCGUUCCUGUCAGUUUCUGUUGAUAUCGACGUAGUUUGCUCAACUGAUUCUCUCAUCUAGAACUUUAGAUGAUGUGUUCUGUAUAGAAAACCUGAAACUACUUUAGCAUCAUAAGGCCAUUAGGUAUUGACAACUAGGGCAUCUAUAUCCUUCUCCCCCUUUUUUGCUCUAUAAACUUCACCUAGUUGUAUUGGGCGCGUACGUGUUGGUGUUGUCAUAAACACAAUUUCCUCCUAUAUGUCAGUUCAAUGCUCAGGUGAUCAGUGACUGAGUGAAAGCCUUGAAUCAAUAGGGGGAAGGCAUGUUCAUUACUACAUUUAACGGUUAGGCUUGCGAGUCUUUAGAUUAUCUACUUGGAUCAAAUGAUUCUUGUAUCAUUUGCCAUUUGUAACCAACUGUGUUCUGGAAUCCUUUUAUCAUAUUACGUAGAAUAUUUAGAUAAUUCUAUCUUCUCA